UGAUGGGCGUGGUCUUAUCAGAAAAAUACAAAAUCACAGAUGUCUGGUAUAUGGUCCUCAGAACUGGCCUCCAGGUUACCUGGUACUCCUGUCAGACUUCAAAGUGGCGUAGGAGCCAUUUCUCCUGUUAAGGAAAUCAUACACGACCAGCCUAGAUCAGGGGGGACAGCCUCUGUGACUAAGAAAAGAAAUAAAACCACUUCUCCAUUAUGUAGCGAAAUGGAUCAGCAUCUAACAGAACUAGAUUUACUACUUGAACUUAAAAUGUUAUCAGAGGAUCCUGUCCCUGGUGUCUUCCUAUUACCAUCAACUAAAUCACUACUAGGUGAGAAAUACUCCCCUUUCCCUCAUGUUUUAUUUCCUUCAGAUUCUCUCGUGACCUUUUUCUGAUACAUAUACAUGUUCUUAUGUUGCGUAGAAAGUUUGA